AUGGAGGAGACUACCGAGUCCCCGCGGUCGAAAAGUCCGGCGUCUCCGCGACCGGGUUCCGAACCCAUAGGCGUCAACCAUGCAACCGAGGGUAGCCCGCAAUUUCCGCACUCGCCGAACCCGGAGGUCGAACGGACCACUCCGCCCGAGCGAAGGGCCAGCCGUUUCGUCCAAUCCCUGGAAAUUCCGAAUGACCCUGAAAUCUUCCUGACGCGUAUCGCGGAACGCCGCCGUUUUACGCAACUUGAUGACCGUAGCCUCCUGAACGGCCUGAUCGCGUGUUUGACCGGACUAGCGGGAUAUUGGUACGAGGCGAAUCGUCAUCUAUGGGAGACGUGGGAGGAUUUCGUCGAGGCGUGGCGCGGUCAGUAUGGGGACCCGCGAUUUCAAGAGACCCUCGAGGACAAUAUUCGCGACCGCGUGCAAGGGGAGUACGAGCCGGUGCGCGAUUACAUCACGUGCAUGCAGGAAGCGAUCUACGCGGAGGUAGAUCGGUUAUUGGAUGAGGACAUCAUUGAACCAUCGAGUAGCGAGUGGUCGAGCCCUAUCGUAAUGGUGAAGAAAGCCAACGGGAAAUAUCGUUUCUGUCUGGAUUUUCGGAAAGUCAACUCGGUUUCCAAGAAAGACGCGUACCCGUUACCGAUCAUGUCGGGAAUUUUGGAUAAGUUGCGAGCAGCGCGUUAUCUGUCGACCAUCGACCUGAGUCAAGCAUAUUUUCAAAUUCCGUUGGAACAAUAA